GUUUGGAUGUUUUAAAAAUACUUGUUCACAACUGCGCCAGAUACACGAGGUGCGCUACUUCGUGUUCGCACAGACUCAUGAAUAUUUAUAAUAAUGUCAGACAAGAUUGAUAAUCUGCGUUGCUUCUCUCAACCGCUUAUCCAUUUAAAUGGGACAAACAACGUGACGCCAGUAUCACUGCCAACUCUCAGUUUAUUAAACGACUAUUCCCGAAACAGUGUUAACUUCGAUAAAGUUCAUCUUUCUCUUAGCGUAUUAAGAUUGGACCCUGCAGACCGCGCAGUAAUAAAAAUCGCAGAUGAACGUGAUGCAAUACAAAAGAAAGCCUUCACCAAUUGGGUUAAUCAACAUUUGGUUAAGCGUAAUUGUUGGGUUCAAGAUUUAUUUUUGGAUUUACGUAAUGGUUACUUACUAGUACGUUUAUUGGAGUGUUUAACGAAUGAAGUAUUGGGGCUUGAAUACAUUGAAAGUCGUGUCCAUUGGAUACAAAAUAUUCAACGUGUAUUAGAUUUUCUUCGAUAUCGUGGGAUUCGCAUAGUCAAUAUUCGUGCAGAUGAAAUCGUCGACGGUAAUCCCAAGUUAACAUUAGGCCUUAUUUGGAUUAUAAUUUUACAUUUUCAAUUGGCAGAAUUGAUUGAAAAUCAGACAAAAUUACAAUCGGAUCUUCGUGUUAAUUUAUCCAUGGAUAAUGCGGCUAAACAAACAUUACUUAGUUGGUGUCGAGCAGUCACAGCAAAUUAUCCAGGUGUAUAUAUAAAAGAUUUUACUGAAUCGUGGAAAGAUGGUCGCGCAUUCCUUGCCUUGAUUCAUCGUUAUAGACCGGAUUUAAUUGAUUUUCGUCAAGUUGAUCGUCAAUCUGCCCGUGAAAAUCUUGAUUUAACAUUUGACUUAGCUGAACGUGAACUUGAAGUUACUCGUUUAUUUGAUUCAGAUGAUAUUGCAAAAACAACUGAUGAACGAUCGAUUAUAACUUAUGUAGCCUCAAUUUAUGAUAAACUAGUAUGUAAUUCAUCAAAACAUUCAUUAUAUCCAGUACCAAUUGUACCACCUAUGCCUUCUUUAUAUCAUGAUCAAAAUUCUACUAGUAGACCAAUUGAUUCAACUUUUCAACUUCUUAGUGCUUCUAAUCAACUUUCAGAUGAAUUAAAAUCACUUUGGUCAGAUUAUCGUAUUUUAGGUAGUGAUCUAAUACAAUGGUUACGAUCAACUACUGAUCGUAUGGCUAAUCGUCAUUUUCCAUCAGAUUUAAAAUCAAUGCAAGAACGUGUUAUGGAUGAAAUACGACGACAUAGACGUGAUGAACGACCAAGAAGAGAAAGAGAACGUCAACAAUUAGUUCGUAUGUAUGAAGAAUUAAAGCCAUCUUUUGAACGUGGUUUACUACCAAUUGAUUUAUUCCUUCGAAUUGAACAAAUUCACCGAUUAUGGGAUGAAUAUGAUAUUGCUUUACAAGAACGUGAAUUGGCUGCAAGAAAUGAAACUCAUCGUUUAGAUCGUUUACAAUGGGCUGGUAAUCGAGCUCUACGUGAUUGCAUUCAAGUCCAAGCACAGUUGACUGCCUUAGAACGGCGAGUUGUUGAGUUGAAAUCUGAACUACCUGGUCAGCAUAUAUUCGAUACUAAUAAUGAAAUAAGACGUUGGUGUGAUCAACUAACUCAAAUUGAAGCUAAAAUCAAUGGAUUAUUCAAUCAAGUACAACAUUUACGCACUGGACGAUAUAUGCAAACAGAACAAAUUUAUAGAAAUGUUUGUACAUUACACCAGAAAUUCUUAGAUCUUCAACGUUUAUAUCGAGAAUUUACAUCUUCAACGGUAUUAUCACCACCCAGUGUCGUCUCUAGUUCUGUUUGUUCAACAUCUAUGACCAUGUCGAGUCACUCUACAUUCACAUCUCUUAAAAAUGGUACCAUUUUGGGAAACACUCACCUUAUUCAAGGUAAAUUAAUUAGUCCAAUCGAACAAUGCUUACAAUGGAUUAUGGAACAUUCUCACACUGUACAAACUGCAUCCUAUGGAGCAAAUCGAAAAUCCGUAGAAGAAGCUACUAGGCGUCAUGAACAAUUUCAUCGAGAAGUGUUGAACUUUAAGAACGAAGUCGAUCGAUGCAAAGCUAAUCAACAAAAGCUUCCGACACGAUCAAAAGAAGAGAAACAAGUUCUUAAUGAAUCACUUCAAAUACUUGAACAAAAUUAUCAACAAUUAAUGGAAGCUUCAUUAAAACGUCGAAAUAUGUCGAAGUCAUUAUUGGAAUUUGUAGAACGUGCCCAUAAUGAAUUAAUUUGGCUAAGGGAACAUGAAUCAUUCGAGGUGACUCGAGAUUGGACUGAAAUUUAUCAUAAUGAACUAGAUCGUAUUCGAAUUGAUUUUCAAAAACUUAUGCAUGAGAUACAUGAGAAAGAAAUUGUCUACAGUGAACUCAGUGUAUUAGGCUCAUCUAUCCAAUUGGAAAAUUAUGAUGUAACUGAUCUUGUACAGACUUAUCUAAAUGCUUUGGAACGUCAUUGGGCUUGGUUAUUACAAUUAACCUAUUGUUUUGAAGCACAUAUUGAACAGAGUGCACGAUUUCAAAGUUUUUUCAAUGAUGUUGAACAAUGUGAAUUAUUACUAACUACAUCAUUAGAAGAAUUACGUUCUCUUUAUGAAUCAACGUUAAAUGCAACAACAACUGAACAAGGUGAAACUCUUCUCAAACAAUUACAAGAACUUCAUACUCGUGUAAUUGGUCAAGAGUCAUUUAUAUUUCAAUUAGUAGACAUAAGUCAAGAAAUUAUCCCACCAAUACCAAGUCACGUGGAUGCACGAGACAGUUCAACAACUUUGAUUGGUCGACGUAUACGUGUUCUAUGCUCAUUCCAACCGAAAGAUUAUUUCUCCGAUAAUCAAUCCUAUUCCGGUGAUGUAUCAAUCGUUAAUUCCGCUAAUACAAGUCAUUUAUCAAUUGCAAACGCAAGUAUAAGUAGUAUUAUAGAGCCAACAUUUUGGCCAGUCGGCAACAAUACAGGUUAUUUUGAUAAAGGUGAUUUUUUCAUAAUAUUGGAAAAUCCAGAAAAUCAUAAGCUUCAGGUUCGUACAGCUAAUGGAUCUACAUUAACUGUUCCUUUGACAUGUUUUCUGCCUUGUUGGCCUAGUAGCGAAGCAAUGGAUCGAGCUAAACGUAUUAUUACAACUUUGCAACAUUUUAAAACAUGUUGGUCUGAAUUGAAUUUACGAAUACAUGGACAUUUAUUAACUGUAACAAUGUCUAAAUUUAUUGAUGGUGCACCUCUUCAGUAUAAUAUUCCACAACAAAUGGAUAUACGAAAAGUAAUUUAUCGUGAUGCUGAACGUUAUUGUUUAGAAUUGCAACUAGCUAAUGUACCAGCGACAGAAGUGGAGAAAUUUAAGCAACGUUUUCUAGAUUUUCAAAAUAGUUGCAUUAAACAGGUGAAUGGUGUUCAAACUACUGAUGACAAGACUGGUAAUGAAGGUUUAUUGACCAGACCAUCAGAAAUUUAUUCAAUUAUCGAUGAACUGAGAACAGUGUUAAGUACGUUGACAGUACGUCUUAGGGAGUCGAAUUCAAUACCAUUACCAGGUAGAUCAAUAGAUAUGGAAGUUCGUAUUAAAGAUCACAAGGAAUGGUCUCAUGCUUUAGCUCGUGUUCGUGCUCAAUGUACAGGAUUAGAAGAACAUAUCAAUAGUCAGUUACAAUCACGAUCAUUGAAUGAACAAGAUACACUGUUGAGUACAAGUCUUUAUGCUCUACAUAGAGCAGCUAGUGAACUAGCACUAACUGGUCAUGAAUUUUCUUGUCGAUUAGCUGAUGCUGACGCAUGGAUCGCCCGUUUAGAACAAACUGAUCAAAUAUUAACGGAUUGUGAAUUAUGUCUACUAGGUUGUGCAGUACGUGUACAUGGUCUAUUACAACUUGAUGAUUUGAAUAGUUCAACUGAUCCAGAUGGUCUUCGUGUUACAGUGGUGGAAAGAGCUCAUCGAGAUUUAAAGUCGGUAGCUGAGCGUCUUCCUCAAAUUCGAACUGAUCUAGAUUUACUUAGUCAACAAUUAACUAGAUUUAUGGUUUCCAAUGAGGCAUUUAAUGAAACACUCCAGUAUGAUACUGCUAACCUAUGUGAAAAUUCAAACCUGUUAAAGAUGCAUUUAUCACCUUGUACUGAUAAUCAUUAUUUAGAAUCAAAUCUUGCUUGUUCUGAACAUCGUCUAGCUGAAGCAACUAAAGAAGUUGAACAAGAACUCAAAUCAUUUGGUGAAUCACUGGUCUGUUUCUCAAACUAUCAAAAAUUAUCCAGUCAACUUAUUGUGUGGUCAAGUGAAUUCUCUUCUCGUAUGCGAUCAUUUGGUGAAAUGGCUCAGUCUUUAGGAUUAAAAUCAUCCGAUACAAAUAUGAUUACUGUACAAAACCCUAGUUUAUUAAAAAAAAUUCUUAAACAGUCUGAUGAUUUACUAACAGAUUUGCAAGUUAAUUCAGAUGUUAUGGAACAAUUGAAUAAAGAAGUAGCUCAUUUAAUAUCUUCAUUAACUAAUUAUGCGCAACAUACUCAAAAUUAUCGUGAAUUAGUUGAGAGUGUGUUUCAGAAAGCUGGUGGUUCACGAGAUUAUCAAUGGUCACCAGGAUAUGGUUUAUUCGAUAUGGGUAGAGUAUUACAAACAACUGAUCAGCUGAAUGAGCAAUUUAAUACACAUUCUCGUCGUAUAUAUGAUAUAGUGAAUUGUUUAAAUCGGCUUCUGCGAUCCGAAGAACCUAUCUCUAUGAAUUUAUCUGGUCCAAUUUUUGUAAAGCCUUAUCGUGAACUCUACGUAGGCAAAUGGCCAAAUGAAUUAAACAAUUAUUUAAAGGAAACUCAAUCGUCUUUUUCUCCCUUGGUAUCACGAUCAAAGUAUCAAGAAAAUGGAAAAGACCACACAUUACCAUUAAAAGUUGCAAAUAAUUCAAAAGAUAAAAACCAUUCAGAUUUAUCGUAUUUUAAUCAACUAAUCGGGGAAAAGGGACUCAAAUAUAGUGUAUAUCUUAAUGAUGUGCGAAGUCAACCGGUGUGUUUACUCCCAACUGGUUGGGAAGCAGCUACAUUGACUACAAUAUCCAAAGCACGUGAAUUAUAUGGACCAAAAAUUUUUCCAACUACUGGUGCAUGGUUUGUGACUAAUUUAGCUGGUGAGAAUGAAACAUAUGGACUCGGUGAAACUAUUUGCUUAGGAGAUGCACUACGAUGUGGAUUAAUUGAUUUAGUUGGGCAUAACUGUCAUCAAAAUCGAAGUUCACUUGCCAUUUCCUGGUCUGAAGCUAUUGAUCGUGGCUGGUUAACUGCCUAUACUAUUCAGGCUUUAAAUAGAAAUAUAAAAAUUGGUGAUUAUAGUGCAUCUGUAACAGAUUUUCUGACUAGUCCUUCGCGUAACCCUAUCGAUCGUCAUAUCGACCCAAAGACUGGUGUAGUCAUGCCAUAUGGCAAAAAAAUUAUUGAUUUAUACUCAGAUGGAUUCAUAAAUGAGGCAGAUUUUCAUCAUUUAGCUUCUAUUCUAUCUAGUGGCAUGUGUGUAGAAUUCCGAGAUUGUCACUUGACAUGGUAUGAAGCUUUAAGCAUUGGUCAAGCAGAUAUAUCUUGGAAACCUUGUCUAUCUGAUUGGUUAGCUGCUGGUGCGUACAAUCCAAAUACACGACGUUUACGUGUCAGUUUACUAAAGUCUGGAAAAGUUAAUAGCAAAAGUAAAGCAUCGAAUAAUUCAUUAGUGUUUACUGAAAAUGAGUUAACAAUCAGAGAUGCAAUUAAAAAUGGACUUUUAGACAAUACUGUCCCAGAAGUCAUUCUACCUGCUGAAAACCAGGUGGGUGACUACCAUACUACCUCUUAUCGACGUGUCAGUCUGUCUGAAGCUGUUCAAAUAGGUCUUGUUGAUGAUGUAUCUGGUUAUUGGCUCGGAUCAAGUUCAUCUUCUAGUCGAACGAAGGUUGGUGUGGAAGUGGCUCAAGCUGCUGGCUUAUUAACUAAAGCUCCUUGUCUAGCUGAAAUUGUUUUAUCUGGUCUAAUAUCGUUUACUGCUCCGAACAUGAGUGAAAAACAUCCUAGAAACAAUGUGGGUAUUCUUGAUGCCCACACUGGUCAAUACGUAUUGUUUCCAGAAGCAAUUAAACGUGGAAUGAUAGUUGGAAAUCAACCAGCCAUAAUUCUUAUGCAAUCCCAUCCCAAUCAAGUAUUGACUUUAGUCGAAGCUCUGAAUACAAACUUAAUCACGCCGUCCGGAUUUAUAAUUUUGGAAAAUAAACCUAUGAAUUUGUGGGAUGCAGUUAACAAUAAUUAUAUUCGACUUAUAUAUACUAAAUCGUAUCCGCCGCCUGUAGGUUUAUUACUGGCUGCUAAGGAAUCAAAUCAGACGCAUCGUCAACAUCCUAUAUUACAAGCUAUUCUUACAGGACUAAUUGAUACAUCGAAAGAGGAGAUUAUUCUUUCUAGCACAGACCCACGUCAACACGGUACAAGCUCUUCGCAACAACGUAUCUCUUUAAGAAAAUCAGCUAAGCAUUCAGGAUUGUGUGACUUACACUCUAUACAGUUAUUAACUCAUGGGUGUGGAUUAUUCAAUGAAGAUGGUCGUGAGCUAACUGGUUUGGAAGCACUUAACUCUGGUUGGUUAAAACCAUGUGAAGAUUUUCAAUUAGGUUCAACUAUAACAUAUGGACAAAUAACAGAUCCUGUUAGUGGGUCGUCUAUAAUAUUGUCGCCAAAUAUGAAAACAAUGAAAAAUAUUGAUAUAUCACCAGUUGGGGCUCAAUUACUGUUAGGCUUAUCUAUCAAUCGUCCUUCUUUGGCUUAUUUAAUUAAUCAACGUUUUAUAACACGUUUAGCAUGGCUUGGUCCAGGUUUACAUAAUGAUAAUUUAAUAAAUAAAACACUGAAUGAUUCAUGGUUCACACAUAGCUGUCGGUCUGAUGAUAUAUUAGCUGUUAUAGAUCCAAUUAGUAGACGUAAGAUCACACAAUCAGAAGCGAUUCGCCGUCAUCUACUGGACAUGGAGACUGGUACAUUUCGAGAUCCUGUUCAUAAUCAAAUCUAUCCAAUUAGUGAAGCAAUAGAAAAAGGACAUAUUUUAGUGAAAGAAAAAUCUCUUAUGGAAGAAAUAAUGGUGUUUUGAAGAAUGAGUUGAAACCAUAUACUGUGUAUUUCUUUCCAAUCACGAAAAAAAUUAACCAAUUGUUGAGUUUUGACGAUUAAAUGGAUUGAAAAAAGACCAAAUUUGCGUGAUUCGAUUACACUGAGAUCGAUUAUGACGAAGUGUGUAUUUGCAGUGGGGAUUCGCUACAUUUGUAAUGUGGAUACUAUGAUAAAUUCUUUCAUGAAAUUCAUCUCAAGAGAACGUAGUAACAGCCCAAUUUGUGGCUAUAACCAUUUGAUUUCUAAGUAUUGUCUUUCAACUCUUUAUUAUUAGUCAGUAAUAGUGAAAAAGUAUUUAAAAUAAUUUAUCUUCUGCGGUCAUUAAGUCAAUAACGAUGGUUCAUUUAUUCUAAAUAAGCAGAGGACAUUGUUGAUCCUUUAAAGUAGUUGAAAAUAGAACAUUGGAUAUGCUCUUAGGCCUAAUGCGUCAAAAAAUUAUGUGUUUACACGUUUCUCAACGUUUAACCUGUAGAAGAAACAGAAUGAAUAUUCGUAUCAUUUAUAUUGACAAUGUAGUAUCUACUUAUUGUUGUUCACUAAAUAACCUAUUCUUAUGACUGACAUAGCCUAAUAGAACACAUCAAUUCAUCAAGCUUUGUUCUUACUCAAAUUUUAUUUGUCACUCCUACUUAACAUAAUCUUUUUAUUUCAGUUUGACAAUAUUAUUGCUUUUGUUGACAUGAAUGAUCAUGUAACUCAUUAUUCUAAUACAUGUUUAUGUACUCGAUUUUG